GGGCGGAGAUGGAUCUGCUGGUGGGAGAGCCUGUGAAGGAGCGGUACCGGAAGGCCAUGGAGGACGCUCUGCAUAAAGUCGCAGACACCACCGGCUGCGCGUCAGGAGAAUCGGCGAACACACUUCCUCGGCUUCUCGAGUUGGAGGACAAGGUUGUGCUGGAGAACCGGACGAACCGGGCGGCUCCAUAUAUCCUGGAAGAAGACGGGGGGUAUGUGGUGAUGGUGGAGGGGGUGGGUGUCGCCUGGGAGGUAGAUCUGAAGGAGAGCCUCCUCCUUCUGGUUUUAUCCAUGUACGUGUUUAAUCAGAAGUGUGGCCCAUGUGUGAAGUCGCUGAUGUGGUUCAUGGCGGACAAAGUGAUGGGUCUGCCCAGCGAAAGCUCGGCAAGCGUGCGGGUCCGAGACAACGUGGCCAUGUGCGAUGGCCGUGUGUGAUGAGGCACUCGUCGUUGUCGCCGGGGUAGGCGGCUGCUGAACGCGCCUGUGAUCGGUGCCCCCCCCCCCCCCAUCUUCGGUACUCGUUGUCGCCGGGGUAAGCG